AUGGACAAAAAAAUAUGUGAUCUUUGUCCUCUAUCUCAUUUUGAUAGAAUCAGUUGCACGGUCACAACGUGCAACUGGCCUUUAUUAAAUAUUGAGCGACAUAGAACUAAUCAACCAUACUGUCCGAAAAUAAAACCAAUAAAGGCUGUCAGAUUUAAACAGCCUGCGAAUUCGCCGCAAAAUUAUGGUCCAUGGACAAAUUUAAUGUACCGUCCUAUUAUACAAGGAGGUUUCAGAUAUCGUGGAGUAUAUAAACUACUUCCUCUUGAUCUACCUCCAAGUUCUCCUGUAUUAUCUCGACCAGUCCCUGUUACUCCGACUGAUUUUCGAGGAAUAAGUGUAUAUUGUCGUCGAUAA